AUGCUCACUUUUUGCCUUGGCAGCUGGGUAGGAGCGCUUACGGACAAGUUUGGUGCUCUACUACAACCGCAAUCCUCUGCUGAGUCGCAAAUCCUUCGGAUGGAGUCCAGCCGGGCUGUCGAGAUUCCCAAUGUCUCGUCUGCCCAUGCCGUCUACGCUGCCGCCCGCAUGUAUAACAGCGGCUCCGUCGACUACGCCGACCUCAACGACGGCAUCACCUCCGCUUCCUGCUACUUGCAGGGCGUUGCCAACCGUCUUACUGGCUGGUCUCUCGCCGCCUCUCCCUGCUCCGUCUAA